AUGAAGAAUCGGAUGUGCCCCACACCAUUUGAACAGCUCAAACUGAGUCAUCUUCCCGGUCUUACUCGAGAAUGGAUCGAGCAUGGCUUCAAAAGGGAUUAUGAACCUUGGGAGACUCGUGAGGGACCUACCAGCCGCGAGAAAAGUCCAAAUGGCUUUAGGGUUAAUGUUACGAGUUUGGUGCAAGUUCUUGUUUUCAAGGCCCUGUUCAGUUGUAUUUGCGACGGAUCAGAAGUCAACCAUGGGUUUCCUCCCUCGAAGCUUGUUGAAUUGGCUCGGUGCAUCAAUCGUACCUGGAUCAAUUCUAAGGAGGAUAUCGUCAAAUAUAAGGACAACCAUGAGCUUCAAGCCUUGCUCCGAGAGGCUUUCCCUUGUCAUGGCCAAGGAACAUACAAUAUGCUCAACAUCCUCAUCCCAUCCUUCGAGACCAUGUGGCGUGUGGUUUUGCGCGGGUUCCUCCAAGUGCGGUUCUCCGUCAGUGCCGGCCGCCAGUGGUGUAGUGUGUUGGCUGGAUUUGCGAAGUCGCGCACACAGGGGCAAUUUGAAUUGCAUCCCGGAUCAAAGUUUGUGUCUGCUGAUGAGGGGAUCAAAUUCCUCCCAAAGGAUUUCACAUGGACCUCGCCAUCGGCUGAGGAGGUUGUCAAGGAGGUUCUGAGGCUCUACCCCCCAACCCGCCGGAUCUUUCGAGCCUACCAUUGGGUUGAAGAUUCACAAUCUUCUAAUGUCAGGAAUAGGGGAACGGAGAAAUUGCCUUUGAAUAUUGAACAACGUGCCGGUGAUUACCAUAGGGAAGGGCGGAUUCGUGAGGAGGUCAUCGCGGCUGAUGUCGAGGCCUGCCAUCUGGACCCGGGGAUAUGGGGUAUAGAUGCAGAGACCUUCGACCCGUUCCGAUGGCGUCAAGUGACAGACGAGCAGAGCGAAGCAUUUAUGCCCUUUGGUGGUCGGCCAUUUUGGUGUCCGGCACAAAAAGUCUUUGGACCACGGAUGAUUGGAUUCCUAAUGGGGACUUUGAUCACUGCCUUGGACGACAUUUGUCCCGAGGCUCAAAUGACCUGGUCAAUUGACUGUGCCAAUCAGGAUUUGGUACGGCGUUUGAAUUUGAAUGCAAGGCUAGAUAUGGGGCGAGAUGCAUUUGACGACCUGGAGCUGCUUGGUUCGUGGGAAUAG